GAGAGAGAGGAGUUCCAGCUGUGGAGGAAUAGAGGAGAAGAAGACAGAUAGAGAAGGAAGAACAGAGAAAUACAUUUCAACCAAGAAGGAGUUUUGAUUUAUUUGAUUUUUAUUUGUUUUAAGGAGAAAAAAAAAAUCUAUAAGCAGGAAAAAGAAAGAAAGAAAAAGAAAAAAAGAAAAGAAAAAGCAACUGAGAAGGGUUAUAAAAAGAGCAAAUACCAAGAAGGGUGAACAAGAGAAGAAAGUCAAGGCAAGGAGGAGCCCAAAGCUGGCAGAUCGGGAGGAUUUGCAGGGGAGAAGGGGGGGGAAGAUUGGAAAUGCAGCUCUGGAGUUUGCUGCUGCCUCUUGCGCUUCUCUGUACAGCCCUAGCCAGUGGACCCGAAUGUGGGAUGGACGAGCGCUCCCGCAGGGCACGAAGGGACACCAGGCACAGCCGCCAGCUCCUCCACACUGCCCCGGGCACCUGUGCCACCAGGUUAGCCCGAGGAAGGCGCUCCACUGCUGGGCUGGAGCCUGGGCAUGUCCCCCGCAGGAGGCAACAGCGGGAGGUAAAGGACGAAGAGGAGUCCCUUACCCCGAGCAGGGCGCUCUAUUUCAGUGGCCAAGGUGAUCAGCUGCGGCUGAAGGCAGACGUUGAGCUGCCCCGAGAUGCCUUCACUUUGCAAGUGUGGCUGAAAGCCGAAGGCGGACAGAGAUCUCCGGCUGUCAUUGCAGGACUGUAUGACAAAUGUUCUUACACCUCCCGUGACCGAGGCUGGGUCCUGGGGAUUAACACCGUCAGUGACCAGGGGAACAGAGACCCCCGCUAUUUCUUCUCGCUGAAGACGGACCGUGCUCGCAAAGUCACCACCAUUGCAGCACACCGCAGCUACCUCCCCAACCAGUGGGUGCACCUGGCUGCCACCUACGACGGGCGCCUGAUGAGACUCUACGUCAACGGUGCCCAGGUGGCCACGAGCGGAGAGCAAGUGGGCAGCAUCUUCAGUCUGCUGACCUUGAAGUGCAAGGUGCUCAUGCUGGGAGGAAACGCCCUGAACCAGAACUAUCGGGGUUACAUGGAGCACUUCAGCCUCUGGAGGACAGCCCGGUCUCAAAAGGAGAUCUUGUCGGACAUGGAGCAGGCGGUUCACAGGCAAGACACACCCCUACCUCAGCUCGUUCUUCAAGACAGUUUACUGAAUGUGAAAAGCACCUGGUCUCCCAUGAAGGAUGGCAGCAGCCCUCAGACCAAGUUCAGCUACCACCACGGCUAUUUGCUGGACACCAGCCUGGAGCCUCCUCUCUGCGGGCAGACGGUGUGUGACAACACGGACGUCAUCGCCAGCUACAACAAACUGCCCAGGUUCCGCCGCAACAAAACCGUGCGCUACCGCGUGGUGAAUCUGUACGACGACCAACACCAGAACCCCACGGUCAGCCAGCAGCAGAUCGAGUUCCAGCACCAGCACCUGAACGAGGCUUUCAGCCGCUACAACAUCACCUGGGAGCUGGAGGUGCUGGAGGUGAAGAAUUCUUCCCUUCGCCACCGGCUCAUCCUGGCCAACUGCGACAUCAGCAAGAUUGGGGAUGAGAACUGUGACCCCGAGUGCAACCACACCCUGACGGGCUACGACGGCGGCGACUGCCGGCACGUCCGCCACGCGCUCUUCAACAAGAAGAAGCAGAACGGGGUGUGUGACAUGGAUUGUAAUUACGAGAGGUACAACUUCGAUGGGGGGGAGUGCUGCAACCCAGAGAUAACAGAAGUCACCAAGACCUGCUUUGACCCAUAUUCUCCUUACAGGGCAUACUUGGAUGUCAAUGAACUUAAGAACAUUCUCAAACUGGAUGGAUCCACACACCUCAACAUCUUUUUUGCCAAUUCCUCUGAGGAAGAGCUGGCUGGAGUGGCAACUUGGCCCUGGGACAAAGAAGCCUUGAUGCAUCUAGGUGGCAUCGUGCUGAAUCCCUCCUUCUACGGAAUCCCUGGCCACACACACACCAUGAUCCACGAAAUUGGGCACAGCCUGGGGCUCUACCACGUCUUCAGGGGCAUCUCUGAGAUCCUGUCCUGCAGCGACCCGUGCAUGGAGACAGAGCCCUCCUUCGAGACCGGGGACCUCUGCAGUGACACCAACCCUGCUCCCAAGCACAAGCUGUGUGGGGAUCCUGGGCCUGGCAAUGACACCUGUGGUUUCCACAGUUUCCUGAACACGCCCUUCAGUAACUUCAUGAGCUAUGCAGACGAUGACUGCACCGACUCCUUCACGCCCAACCAGGUGGCCAGGAUGCACUGCUACCUGGACCUGGUCUACCAGAGCUGGCAGCCCACCAAGAAACCGGCCCCCGUGGCAAUCGCGCCCCAGAUUGUGGCUCGCACCUCCACCUCUGUCACCCUCGAGUGGUUUCCACCCAUCGAUGGCCACUUCUUUGAAAGAGAAGUGGGAUCAGCAUGUGAUCUGUGUGCAGAGGGAAGAGUCCUGGUGCAAUACGCCUUCAGCGCCUCUUCUCCCAUGCCCUGCGAUCCCUCGGGGCACUGGAGCCCACGGGAGGCAGAAGGGCACCCUGACGUGGAGCAGCCCUGUAAAUCCAGUGUCAGGACGUGGAGUCCCAAUUCGGCUGUCAACCAACACACGGUGCCCCCAGCCUGCCCCGAGCCCCAGGGCUGCUACCUGCAGCUGGAAUUUCGCUACCCCCUGACUCCCGAGUCCCUCACAGUCUGGGUGACCUUCGUUUCCCCAGACUGGGACUCCAGUGGAGCAGUGAAUGACAUCAAGCUGCUCACCGUCAGCGGGAAGAACAUUUCGCUGGGGCCGCAGAACGUCUUCUGUGACAUCCCACUGACCAUAAAGCUGGAUGUGGGGCAAGUGGGAGAGGAGGUGUAUGGGAUCCAGAUCUACACCUUGGAUGAGCACCUGGAAAUUGACGCUGCCAUGCUGAGCUCUGUCCCCCACAGCACUCUGUGCUCAGGCUGCAAACCCAUCCAGUACAAAGUGGUCCGGGACCCCCCUUUCCAGUCUGGAUCUCCAGUGGUCAUCUCAAACCUCAGCAGGAGAUUUGUUGACACGGAGCUGAGCGACAGGAGCACGUACAGAUACCAGGUGGUCGUUGUGUCCGGGAUGGAGGAGAGCGAGCCGUCCCCUGCCCUCGUUUAUAUCUCUGGGAGUGGAUACUGUGGAGAUGGCAUUAUCCAAAUAGAACUGGGGGAAGAAUGUGAUGACAUGAACAAGAUAAACGGCGAUGGCUGUUCCCUGUUCUGCCUGCAGGAGCUGUCCUUUAAUUGCAUCGAUGAACCCAGCAGGUGCUAUUUCCACGACGGCGAUGGAGUCUGUGAGGAAUUUGAGCAGAUGACCAGCAUCAAGGACUGUGGCGUGUACACUCCCAAAGGCUUCCUGGAUCAGUGGGCUUCCAACGUCUCUGUCUCACACCACAGUGACCAGCAGUGCCCAGGGUGGGUGGUCAUUGGCCAGCCAGCAGCAACCCAGAUGUGUCGUACCAAGGUGAUCGACUUGAACGAUGGUGUGUCCCAGUAUGCCUGGUAUCCCUGCACAGCCAACUUCCAGUACUCCCACAUGACACAGACCAUUUUCUGGCUCAAGGCUUAUUUUUCCCAGCCUAUGGUGGCUGCAGCAGUCCUUGUUCACUUGGUCACAGAUGGGACCUACUACCUGGACCAGAAGCAGGAGACCAUCGGUGUGCAGCUGUUUGACACCAAAGAGCAAAGCCACGACCUUGGUGUCCACGUCCUGAGCUGCAGGAACAAUCCCCUGAUUAUCCCCGUCAUCCAUGACCUCAGUCACCCUUUUUAUCACACCCAGGCUGUCCUCAUUAGCUUCAGCUCCCAGUUUGUGGCCAUCUCCGGGGUGGCCCUGCGUUCCUUCCACAACUUCGACCCCAUCACCAUCAGCAGCUGCCAGCAAGGACAGACCUACAGCCCUGCGGAGCAGAGCUGUGUCCACUACUCCUGUGAAGCCACCGACUGCCAGCGGCUGGAGAUCGAGAACGCGCUGCUGAACUGCACCGGUGGCAGCGGCUGGGACAGCGGCGCCCAGUGCAACGUCAGCUGCAGGCCUGGCUACAUCCUGCACAUCCACAGGGAUGAUGAUCUCGUCAAGAGCCAGACGGAUUCCAGCGUCACCAUGACGUGCAUGGAUGGGAAGUGGAACAAGCAGGUGACGUGUGAGCCCGUGGACUGUGGUGUCCCAGACCAGUACCAUGUCUACCCAGCCACCUUCAACUGCAGCGAGGGGACCACCUUUGGCAAGAAAUGCUCCUUCACGUGCCGGCCUCCUGCUCUUCUGAAAGGAAACAACAGCAACUUGACCUGCAUGGAGGAUGGGCUGUGGUCCUUUCCUGAGGCCCUGUGUGAGCUGAUGUGUCGAGCACCCUCCAUCGUCCCCAACGCGGAUCUCCAGACCUCGCGCUGCCGAGAAGACAAGCACAAAGUGGGCUCGUUCUGCAAGUACAAAUGCAAACCAGGUUACCACGUCCCUGGAUCCUCCAGAAAAUCAAGAAAGCGAGCCUUUAAGAUCCAGUGCACACAAGAUGGCACGUGGCUGCCAGGCGCCUGCGUGCCUGUCACCUGUGACCCUCCACCUUCCAAGUUCCACGGGCUCUACCAGUGCUCCAACGGCUUCCAGUUCAACAGCGAGUGCCGAAUCAAGUGCGAGGAUGAUGACAGCCAGUCGGGCCGUGGGAGCAACGUGAUCCACUGCCGGAAGGAUGGCACCUGGAGCGGGUCCUUCCACCUGUGCAGGGAGAUGCAGGGACAGUGUGCUCUGCCCACCCAGCUCAACAGCCACCUGAAGCUGCAGUGCGCCGGCGGCUACGGCAUAGGCACGGAGUGUACCACCUCCUGUCUGGAUCACAGUCACGAGCCCAUCCUCCUGCGCGUGAACGAGACCGUGCAAGACAUCCAGCACUGGAUGAACCCUCAGAGAGUGAAGAGUGUUGUCUGCACAGCAGGACUCAAGUGGUACCCUCACCCUUCCCUGAUUCAUUGUGUUAAAGGCUGUGAGCCUUUCAUGGGGGACAACUACUGUGACUCCAUCAACAACAGAGCCUUCUGCAACUAUGAUGGUGGGGACUGCUGCGCCUCAACAGUCAAGACCAAAAAGGUGACACCGUUUCCUAUGUCCUGUGACCUACAAGGAGAGUGUGCUUGCCGGGACCCCAACGCCCAAGAGCACAACCAGAAAGACCUCCGUGGCUUCAGUCUUGGGUAAAGACAAGUGACGUGGAAAGGAGGACCACACUGCUCAAGGCAGGCUAGGAGAGACACCACAUCCCUUUUGGUAUCGUUUUUAACAUUUAGCUGCUCAACUGGAUGGCAUUUCUGCACCAGGGACCCUUAGAAUUCAACCAGUCUGCCUUUAAUUUUUGUCCAAGAAGAACUCAAAGUAGGGGUUUAUGUAUUAAUUAUAUCUUAAAUAGUGAUCAUGAGAAAAAAAAACAACCAAGAGUCAAGUCAAGAUGACUUUCAUGUAUCAAAACAGCAUGUUAUGCCCACCUCCUAAUUUGAACAGUUCAUAUCUAGAUUCAAGGCGAGAAACAAACUAUUUAUGUACACAUAUUUAUAGAAAUAAGUAGAGAAAGAGAGAGAGAAAGAGUGAGAGAUUAUGAUCAACGCAAAAAACACUUUCCCCUCCCCAGCACUCACAACUCAGACCGUUGGUGGAAGAGGCUGAGCUCUUGGAGGACUCCAAGCUGAGCCUUUUCUGAUGCUGAAUGCCAAGGUAUCGCAUGCUCGGGGCACUGUGGUUGGGGUGGGAUCUCCACAGGGCUGGGCCUCUUGGCAAGGGACUUGCCAGGCACCCAGCCAGCUCGAGGUGUGGGAUGCAUCUGCUCCUCACAGGAACGCUACUUCCAGCCAGGCAGCUCAGCAGACUGCAGUGGCCUUUCUGUACAGCUCCUCCUUCUCCCCCUGCCCUCAAAGAGCCAUCAAAAAGCCCCCUUGUAGCCUGCAGGGCUUCUGGGGUGUUUCUGUGUGGAGCUGGGCAGGUGGUCCCGUGGUGGAGUGAGGGAUUGGGGAGUCUAAGGGCUGGCAUUGAGGAACAUGGAUCAUUGCUUCUGAGGAGCACAGAGAGGGGAACUCGCACCCGCACUUGUCAUUUGAGCAUGUCUGCUGCUGCUACUCCUGCUGCUAUGUCCCAUACAAAUAGUUUCCUUACUGUGUCAGGACAGGGUGAAAAACAACCCCAUGCAACCAAACAGUCUGCCUUAAAGCUUACCUACAACCUGCCUUUCAAACCCUCUGGUCUCUUCCUCAGCACUGGGGCAAGAAAACAGGACACCAGCCAGCCAAAGGAAUCUGCUUUCUGGUCUCCACCCUGCCAAGUGGCUCUCCAGCCUCCUCCACCCCACUCUUAGGGUGAGCUGAUUCUGACAACUGCUUCGUGCUCCUGUUUUUUUCGAGAGAGGGGAAGAGGAGGAGGAGACACCUGCCAUGAGGAAAGGCCCAUAGGAGACAGUAUUAGAAUUUUGGCCAUAUUUGUCAGUAUUAAAAUGCCAGGCCAGUGGGUUGGACAUUUGGGAUAGACCAGGAGCCUAGCUGUUUGUAAUCUUCCAGAAAGAAGGGCAUUAGCUGCAGCAGACCUCACACUUCCCUGUCAUCCUCCUGCUUCAGCCCAGAGGGCAACGUGUGCCAGACCCUCAGUGAUUCCUUUCCUUAUUAAAGGGUUCAUUACAUUGAGUCACUGAGAUACCCAGGGCAUCCAAUGCUGCUGCUGCUGCUGCAGCCCGUCCCAGGGAAAUCCCAGAGAUCUUUCCAGUGUGGCUAGGGCAUGUGCUCCAAGCUCCUGCUGAGAAGAACACACAUCCAAAAGAGCAUCACUCCCAGUGUUAAGUUUGUUUGUUCCCUGGAACUGUUGUGACUUGCACAAUCUACUGGGUAAAGAGAAAAAGAUUUUUUUUUAAUUCCCGCUUUAGGCACUGGAGCGAGGCAGAAGGUUAAGGGCAGGGGUCAUUUAGCUUAUGGAGAUAGAUGUAAAAAUGAUUUGGAGAACUAGAAAUGGAAAAAAUAUAGAAUAAUAUGUGCAGGGAGCCAGGUUCUUGUUACCCACUGUUGGGGUUGUUUCUCUUGGAAUGAACCAGAGAAGAGUCUCAAGAACUGAAGUCGAGGCCUGGAGAGGAGAUUGUCACUAAGAAGGUGAGGAGCUCUCCGUUGUGAAGCUCCAGCUAUUCCUAGAGAAGGCCUGGCCUUGGGAGCUCUGCCCCCUCUGUGCAGGGGUGUCCUGGAAAGGGAGAUGCAGUGGGAUCAGGGUUCCUGCCAUGGAGUUAGACUGAACAUUCCCCAGCUUAGAGAGCAGCGGCAUAAACUUCCACUUUUGCCCUUCACCUUCUAACUAAUGUGGGAAGUAAAUAACUGUGCAAACGUUGCUUCUUCCUUCUGGUCCCUUUGCCCUCUCAUUUUGCUGGCAGUUUGUUCAUGUGCCACCCAGCCUGUCAGAAGAGCUCACAACCUCCAAAGCCUUUCAGACUGACAACACUUCAUGUCCUCAAUGCCUGAGGCAUCUUGGCAUGGUUUCCCCUCUCCAUCCCACCUGGGUUUCAUUCCAGCAGGGAGUCUCAGUUCAGCCCCUGAGUGCAUGCUGAAAAUUCCCUUCCCAGUGCAGAGCUCAGCAUGGAGGAGAUUUCCCAUCUGCUUUUCCCACUUGGACAGUGCUCAGGAGAUACAGGUCUGUACAGACAUUAUUGCCACUUGCUGCUGUGGGCUCACAGGAGCUCAAGGGCAGCUGAGCCCCUCUGGCCAGCCAGGACCAGACCCUUGAUGAGCUGGAGACCUCAGCUCAAGGGAGAGAGGCUUCUCACCAGCACAGCCUCACUCCUCAGCUUCCCUCCUGCAGCCCUGGUGUGCCCCAACUCCCUUUCCCACCAGCAGGCUUUCCAUGCUGCUAUUUGAUUUUUAUUUUUAACUACUACAUUGGCACUGCCCAUCUCCUCCAGUAGGGCUGAUGGGAUCAGGAGUGGGAAAAAAGUUCUGCUCUGAGUGAUGUUAAAUCCAAUGGUUUGUUGGGUUUUAGAUUUCUUUUUCCCAUUGGGGCAAAUCCCCUCUGUAUUUUCAGGUGCUGUCCCAAGCACCCAGAGAGAUGCCAAGAGGGGAGCCAUGGGGAAUGGACACAUGCUCAGGUCUUGUACCCUGUGCUUCCAACCUUGGGCAGGGCCAGCUGGAUCCUUACAUCAUCUACCACUGUAUGGGCCUCAAAUGCCCAGAGGAGUCCUAGGAAAGACCCUCCCUGACUGUGGUGGCCAGUGGGUGGAAGGUGAGAGGGACAUCAGCCUGCACCUCCACCCACUGAGCCAGCAGCAUAGGACAACACCAAACCAGAAGUUUGGGGGAAGAGAAGAGGGUGCUGAUGCUGGUGAAAUUUAGCUGCUCACAAAAUCCAUUUCACAUUAGUGCCAAGAUCUUCUCUGUCACAGAUAGUGAACCAGGGCUGCACCUUAUGUGGGGCCACCAGGCUGUGGGGGAUGUCCAUGGCCAGCAGGAGGGAAAGCUGGAGCAGAAAGCGGUGAAUGGUGCACGGUGGGGUGGGAAACUCCAAUCAGCUGCUACCCCUCUCCCUCCCCACCAUCUGGCAGACAGGCUGAGCUGGUGUCCUCCUGCUUUUCUUGCAUCUUCCGCUGUCACCCCCAGGCUGAGAAAGGAGGAUGGCACCAGAGGAUUCUUGGAAUCGGGUUCCAGCUACCUCCCUUCUAGUUUCAGUUUCACUUGGUUGUAACUGUCGGUUUGUUUUAGGUUUUACCUGUGUCUAAGAGAAAAAAAAAAAAAAAAAAAAAAAAAAAAAAAAGAGAAAAAAAGAAAAAGCCCCAUAGCCAACAAAAGAUUUUUGCUGCAAGUGAUUCAAGUGGGGAAAAAAAAUAAUGUGUGAGGCUUUACAGAGAGGAAUAGGAGAGAAAAAAAAGAAAACAACAAAACCCAUAAAAAAUGGAGAAAAGAAAAAGAAAAGAAAACCCGCAUAAUCCAAAUCCAAGAAGAGCAAAGCCUAUUUUUGUGUGUUUGAAAGGAAAACACCGAUUCUGCCAGCUGAGUAGAGAGCUAGAUACUAAGUGUAGAUUUCCCUAGAAGUACCGUGAGGUUUUAUAACAUUGUCUGGUUUUGUUUUCCUCGUGUGUUGUGGUAAGUCCAGGAACUAAGGCUAAGGGGUUACCCCUGGUAUAUUGUUGU